UACAGUUCAGAUGUAUUCUGGGCUUUAAAUUUGGAUCUGCCUCUCUGGACUGUGGAACAUCUCUUUUAUUCAACUGGUUUUGGAUUUUCUGUUUCAAUGGCAAACCAUGACCUGAUACUUGGACAAAACCACAAUUUAGCUCUUGGGCAGAACCAACAGUUGAUGUUAGGCCACAAUCAUAAUAUGGGUCUUGGUCAGGGUCACAAUUUGGACCUAGGACAGGCACAUGAGUUGGGUUUAGGACAUGCCCAUGACCAUCCAGAGGGUCUGGUACAUUCCCAUGAUCACGAGGGCUUGGGACGCAGUCACGAUCAUGAGUUGGGUUUAGGGCAAAGUCAUGACCAAAGAGUGGACGAUGAUCACGAUUAUGGGCAAGAAAGUGAUAUGGGUAUCGAUAGGAAACCUGACCAAGUUGGGCAUCAGUUGUCUCUUCCUUUACAUGGCCAUGAGUUAGGUUUGUCAGCAAACAAUCAGUUAGAUGUUUCAGAAAACCAUGAACUUGAUGAGAAUCUUGAACUAGCUGUGGAUCAGAAUGACGAAUUGGCAAUUGAAUCUGUUGAUGAUUUGGCAGCCCAGCAGUCUCAACUUGUGGUUACACCCGGUUCUGUGCUUCAGGCUCGCACGAUCGUUGCAGCUCCUACUUAUGAGCUUUCGGUGGGACAAGAGUUCCCUGAUGUUAAGAGCUGUAGGAGGGCUCUAAGGGACACUGCUAUUGCCUUGCACUUUGAAAUGCAAACCAUCAAAUCUGAUAAAACUCGCUUUACGGCCAGAUGUGCUGCUGAUGGAUGCCCAUGGCGUAUUCAUGCUGCAAAGCUUCCAGGCGUUCCAACCUUCACUAUCAGAACAAUUCAUGACACUCAUUCAUGUGGUGGAAUUAAUCAUCUCGGCCACCAGCAAGCGUCUGUUCAGUGGGUUGCAAGCUCCAUGGAGCAACGAUUGCGAGAGAAUCCUAAUUAUAAACCAAAGGAGAUACUUGAGGAGAUUCACCGUGUUCAUGGUAUAACAUUAUCGUACAAGCAAGCUUGGAGGGGCAAGGAGCGUAUCAUGGCUGCCAUGCGCGGUUCAUUUGAAGAAGGAUAUCGCUUGCUUCCACAGUAUUGCGAACAGGUUAAAAGAACAAACCCAGGAAGCAUUGCAUUAGUCUAUGGAGAUUCAACCGAUAGCAGCUUCCAACGUCUCUUCAUAUCUUUCCAGGCAUCGAUUUAUGGCUUUCUAAAUGCUUGUCGUCCUUUGCUCGGGCUUGAUAGAACAUACUUGAAAAGCAAAUAUCUUGGCACUUUACUUCUUGCCACUGGUUUUGAUGGUGACGGUGCUCUGUUCCCUCUGGCCUUCGGUGUUGUUGAUGAGGAGAAUGAUGACAAUUGGAUGUGGUUUCUCUCUGAGCUUCAUAACCUCCUUGAGAUAAAUACCGAAAACAUGCCGAGAUUGACAAUUUUAUCGGACAGACUAAAAUGCAUCGUUGAUGGGGUGGAAGCGAAUUUUCCAACUGCUUUCCAUGGGUUUUGCAUGCGGCAUUUGAGUGAAAGCUUUCGUAAAGAGUUCAAUAAUCCAAUGCUUGUUAGACUUCUUUGGGAUGCUGCAUAUGCUCUCACAGUGAUUGAAUUUGAAGCAAAAGUUUUGGAAAUCGAAGAGAUAUCACAAGAUGCCGCAUAUUGGAUUCGCCGAAUUCCCCCUCGCCUAUGGGCUACAGCUUACUUUGAGGGGACGAGGUUCGGGUAUUUAACUGCAAACAUUAUCGAAUCCUUAAACACUUGGAUCUCAGAAGCCUCCGGGCUUCCUAUAAUUCAAAUGAUGGAGUGCAUUAGGAGGCAGCUAAUGACAUGGUUCAAUGAAAGGCGAGAGACCAGUAUGCAGUGGACAUCGAUACUUGUCCCUACUGCUGAGAGGCGUGUUGCCGAGGCUCUCGAGCGUGCACGUACCUAUCAAGUGCUUCGAGCAAAUGAAGCUGAAUUUGAAGUUAUAUCCCAUGAAGGAACAAACAUCGUGGACAUUCGUAACCGUUGCUGCCUUUGUCGGGGCUGGCAGCUCUAUGGUUUGCCAUGCGCUCACGCUGUGGCAGCUCUUCUAUCAUGCAGACAGAACGUUCAUCGAUUCACAGAGAGUUGUUUCACGGUCGCAACGUAUCGGAAGUCUUACUCGCAGACAAUUCAUCCAAUCCCCGAUAAGUCUUUAUGGAAAGAAAUAUCUGAGAACGAUGCAGAUGCAAAUAAAGCUUUGGUGGAGGUAGUUAUAAACCCGCCAAAAUCACUCAAGCCCCCGGGCCGACCAAGAAAAAGGAGAGUUCGAGCAGAGGACCGCGGGCGUGUCAAACGUGUUGUUCAUUGCAGCCGUUGCAACCAGACGGGGCAUUUUAGAACAACAUGUGCAGCACCCAUUUAAGUAGUGUUUGUUUUCGUUCGUCUUUUUCCAUUUUUUGGUCAGAAUUGAACUUGGGGUUGGCGAUAUCUGUAUGUGCAAAUCAAUUAUUUACUGUUUAAUUAGUGGAUAUUAGCAGUUUUUUUUUA